CCUUCAUCACCUGGCAGCGCCGCCAGCAGUCGACUGCAUGGAAUAAAAUGUAAACAUAGGGAUUGUUAUAAAAGUUUGUGCAUUUCCUUUCUUCCAUGCGUCAACUCUUUCCUGCAUCGUAAUCUCCCAAAUCUUGUCUGGCACGACAGGAUCUUCAGGGUCUUCCAUAGAAGCUGGCGCUGCACGGGACGACGAACAAUUCAAAGUCUCCGUUCAACAGCAUGAGGCAUUCCACGUAGUCUAGAACAAGCCAUGAUUUCGCCGCUGUACUAACUGCCCAUCAUCUUCAACUUUUGUUUCACAAUCUGUUUCCAUCGUGCGGUUUGACCAGCUCAUGAUGGACGUCGAUAUAGCACUACUCGGGGAGAGUACCUACGUCCCAGACUUUCUGGAAAGUGCUACUCGACUUUAUGAGUGCGUAUCGCAUGCUGGCAAUUCUGCUCAGCCGCAUGAGGGCGGCACCUCCGCCAAUUACCUAGCAGCAAACGAGUCGCUCAGUCGAUUUGUUGACGAGUUUUCGGCUCUAAUAUCUCAUCUCAGAGUAUUGCCGGACAACGGAUUGGGUAGGGACUGCUGGAAAAUAUCCCAAGAUGUUCUCAUCCGUCUCAACAAGCGGCCUGACGACAACGACCAUGAUGGAGCUUCCCAAUGUCCCGAUUUCUCUCAUGGCAUACAGUGGACUAGCCAAGAUUCAGAAGCCUUUGCCGCCCGGAUAACGGAGCUGUGCAAUCGAUAUAAAACUGCCAAUCCAGAUGCGAUUGUGGACUCUCACAUUGAGACAGUUUUGAGACUAAAGCAAUUCAAUGAGAGACAAAUGCAGGCCAGACAUGGCAUGAGCGACGUUGUUGAUCAAGGGAAAGCACCAUCACAGAUGACCGCAUCCGCGGAUUUGCUUGCCGACUUCAUCCUUGAAAGUCUUAGCUAUAAGUCCAUGAAGAACCGAGAGGAAGAGGUAGCCGAUGCCCACGGGAAUACCUUUGCAUGGAUCUUCAAGAACAAGCCAGACGGAAACGGCAACACCAAUGGAGGGCUGGGCGACCAGUUCACCAGGUGGUUACGAAGCGACGAGCUAGGCAAUAUCUACUGGGUCACGGGCAAACCUGGCGCCGGGAAGUCUACGUUGAUGCGCUACAUCGCUGAACACCCUUCUACGGACCUGCUUCUUAAAGCAUGGGCUGGAAAGAGACAACUUGCGAAAGCUGUUUUUUAUUUCUGGACCAGCGGUUCAGAGGAGCAAAAGUCACAGUCUGGUCUACUCCGCUACUUGCUAUACCAGCUUUUGUCAAACGACCAUAGUCUCAUCCCAACGACUUUCCCUGAGCUGUGGCAGAAACUCUCCCAAAUGUCCACAAAAGAGAGAAUCCGCUUUUCCGUCGACUGGAAUGCAGCAGAACUCAUGAAAUCUCUCCAGCAGCUCGUUGAGUAUGCUCUCAAGUCCACCAAGAUCUGCCUCUUUGUAGAUGGCCUCGACGAGUUCGAUGGUGAUCACCAAGCAAUCAUCCAGUUUUUCAGGAACCUGUCUGGCAAUGACACGAACGGCCGACUUAAACUUUGUCUAUCCUCCCGACCAUGGCCUGUCUUUGAAAAGGCAUUCCAAUACUCAGUCCCCAACCUCAAGCUGGAAGAGCUCACAUUCUAUGAUAUGACACGAUAUGUGGAGGACAAUCUAGCUAAUGACGGGAAGUUCAAGGACGCAAUGGCCAAGGAUCAACCGGCAGCGAAUACCCUUGUAUCCGGUAUUGUUAAAAAGGCCGAGGGUGUCUUCUUAUGGAUUCGCCUUGUGGUCAGAAAGGUCCUGGAGCUCUUUGGGGAAGAUUCAGACAUUUCUUCUGCCACAAGAUACUCGCUAGAGCUGCCGUCGGACUUGGAUGAGAUCUUCAGUCAGUUUAUCUUCCAAAAUCGAUCCCCAGAACAGCUUGAAAGGUCGCUGCAUGUGUUCCAGCUUGUUCAUGCACGCGAAGUCGUUGCACGUUUUAUCAAGGAUGAAUCUUCGUAUUCAUUGUCCAUAUGGGAAUUCGUGUUUGCCCUGCAGACCUUGGAGAAUGGAAUAGAGAGAAACGACACAUUCAGGGAGGUACCAGACGAGGAAAUUCUGCAGCUGUGCGAGAGUGCGCUGGCCAGCAUAUUAUCAGACUCCAGCGGUCUCCUUGAGGUAUAUCACAAGCACGACCGCAUCAACCGAUUCAAUUCGGCUCAUCGCCGCGGACACAACAACAGCAGACACAGUGCAAGACAGCUUGCCGAAAGCAGGGUGACAUAUUUGCAUCGCACAGUACGUGACUACCUGGUGGGACCGAAAGCAGUCCUGCUUAAAAGUUCGAGCGAUGCGCACCUUCCGCAUCUCCAAUUGCUCAGUUCGUACGUUCAACGACUCAGGAACUCAUUGGAGCCCUUGGAGAAGCAUCGUCGCCUGGACGAGCUGUAUCCGGAUAUUGCGAUGGCGCUAACACAUGCCCGUCAUAUGGAGGGCCAAAUCAAGAAUUAUCCUCCAGAAGUACAGCUGUUGCUCAUUGACCAGCUCGAUGAGGGGGUUUCCUGGUAUUGGCAAACUCGGCGUGGGGACCCUUACGACCAUUGGGCCAGGAGUUGCUUCGGUAGUUACGAGCAGCGUAAAGGCAACAAGAUUAUCUUCCGCGAACCAUUCCUUGCAUUAUGCACCAAGUUUGGACUGUCAGGUUAUGUCAUUGGAAAGCUUGACGCUAUUGCGGGCAGAGAUAAGACCGCCGAUGACGGGGAUGAGUCCCUUUCCUCGGUCGUGGAGGAGGCGCCUUUACUGACUUAUGCCUUGGAGUUCUUGACUUCGCGUCAGAAGACGAUCAUGCCUCUGUCAGACGCAAGUUUCGUUUCAGCAUUACUGCAGAGUCCACAUCUCGAUCACCCGGAGGUAGGCAAGAUAAUUGGUACCCCAAAUAUGGUGUUCAAUUCCCCACUCAGGAAGAAAAAAGCGGUGACUCCCUGGAUCAUGGUGCUCAGUCAUCUUCGAGACGCGAAAAGAAGAGGCUGGAUAGAGCCAUUCGACAUUGAUCAAGAGAACGGCACGAAACGGUGGACAGGGAUCAUCAAGCUGCUCGUCAAGGAAGGACAUGCCGACUUGGACGCUUUUUUGGAGUGGAACGGCUUUGAUAAGGAAUGCUAUGCUCGCGAUGUAUUGGUGGGCCCCGAGCAUCUUGGCGCGGUCGACGACUGGUGGAUCCAUGAGUUCAAGAAACUUAUAGAGUAG